UCUUUAGGUUUAGCAGAGGGUCAUUUCUCCUAGCACGUGGUUCCUGGAGGUGUAACGUCAUCAUCCACUGUGGUCGGUUGGGUUUCUGGGACCUUGGGUGUAUAGUAUAUACACCCACGCACUUUCCUGUGCCUCUGCAGCAGUUCUUCUCCAGCCCUGCAUUUUCCGAUUCUGCAUCCACGCAACCACUCGUUCAGACCAUCAGCCUCCUCUUUGAUUUGCGCAGCUUGCUAUCUGACCUCCCCCUGAACUCCUCGGGGCUUCCCUCCAACUCAUCCGCCCUGAUCCGAACUCGACAGUUGCGCCGAUUUCCAUGGCAAAGCUUCCUUCAUUCAGCAAGUCCACCCAACGACCGCAAGCCGGUAGGACACGGUCCAAGGUACUCUGGCAUCGCAUCCUCCGCUCGCUGUGCUACCUGAUUGCCUGGAUCUUUUUGCUUCUGGUGGUAAUUGGCAAUGUCGCCGACAAACCCGUCAUCCGCGAGACAUAUUUCCUCAAGAUCGACCUGGCCAAUAUCAUCCCACUCUCCGUCCCCAAUGCCGUCCUGAUCAACACCAUCGCCCGGACCAUCGGGUUGCACGACUUCUACCAAGUCGGCCUCUGGAAUUUCUGCGAAGGCUACCUCGACGAGGGGAUUACGAACUGCUCGAAGCCUAAGACUCUCUACUGGUUCAACCCCGUCGAGAUCAUCCUCAAUGAGCUUCUCUCCGGCGCAACCAUUGCCCUUCCCUCCGAUAUCACCUCCGCCCUCAAGAUCGCGCGGAUUGCCUCGCACUGGAUGUUCGGCCUCUUCCUGACGGCGACCGUCCUCACCUUCAUCCUGAUCUUCCUCUCGCCGCUGGCCGUCUCGUCGCGGCCCCCGCAGACCAUCUCCGCCGACCCGACCAUCAACCAAGCCCACCCGCAGCACCGCCGCCGCACCUUCGUCUUCCUGCGCGCCUUCCCCUUCCUCAUUCUCACCUUCGUGACGGCGCUCUUCACCAUCGUCGCCUCGGUGGUCGCGACGGUCAUGUUCAUCAUCUUCCGCAACGUCUUCACCUCGUCCGACUACGACCUCAACAUCGGCGCCUCCCUCGGCACCCGCAUGCUGGCGUUCAUGUGGAUCGCCUCCGGGUUCAAUCUCCUCGCCUUCAUCCUGCAGCUGGGGUCCUGCUGCGCCUCGUGCUGUGGCGGCCGCAAGGCGAGGAAGCAGUUGAAGCGGGCGGAUCGGGAGAAACACCACCCGGAUGCGGCCCCGGCGUCGGCUUCUUCGUCCGAAGCGUCGAACGUGGAGAAGCGAGAGGGGUUGAGGAUCUGAUCUUUUUUUUUUUUUUUAGAGUUUAUUCCGUCCUCUCAGUGGGGACUCUCUGGGGUUGAGGGUAAACAAAGCGAGUGCACCAAUACCUUGUUCAUCACAAAACCAAACCACCUGCACAAUCCGACAUCUUGCAUCACCUAUACAUGCUCCCACCUAUUCCCACCACCACAUAUACCCCUAGCAACGGGAUUUCCAAGCCCCAUCACCC